ACCGCACGCACUUUCCGACCACGUCUUCACGCUGGCAACCAGUGAUGGCUCUCUAUCAGUCUUUUGCGCGAGGGAUAAACGGUCGGACCGGAUUCUAGCGGCAGAUCCUAGCUUGUUUGAUUUGGCGCGAAAACGGUGCGUUUCGUGGAAAGCUGGCAGCGAGUACAUAGAAGCGUUGUUUUGUAGUAACCAUUUCCGGCUAUUGCAAGGUCGAACAGUGCGUGAGUGCGUGUGUGGGUGAUCAUUAUGGGCCAACCUAAUGUGCACUAGGCGGAAGCACAUUAGCUCGUCGUAACGCAAUCCGGGCAUGAGCGCCGAGUGCAUCGAAUUGCGCUUUUUGUGUUGCAGUUGAUUGCAUUAUUGUGCAGUUGCGGUGAAAGAUUGUUUGGUUUUGAGUGAUGAAUGGUCAGUUUACGUGCUGGCAAUAGUUAGCUGGAUGUGGAACGAACGUGCUCCCGUACGGUACUGCCUGUGCUAUUGGUGAAGUUGGAUUGAAUUGUGUGGCUUUGUGCAGGAAGCUUCAUUCCCAUCGAUUCAGAUUCACAAGGAUUGAUGGGUUUUAUUGGAACAGCUUCCGACAAGUGAACCUGGGCCACAUCAAUCGAAAAAAUGUCAUUGGUUUCAAAGUACUUCAACAAAAGGGGUUCAUUACGAUAUCCAGAGAAAAGUUUUCUAUCAUCAACAGAAACUGAGAUUCUUACCAGUAAAUUGGGUGGAGCUGACAGUAACAAGCAUCGACGAUUCUUAAACCUGAAAAGUGUCGUUUUCCAUAUUGGGACUUAUUUUGAUUGAUAAGGGUACAUCCUAAGUGACAGUUCGAAAGUGAAUAGCAAAAUAGCUUCUGGAUAAUAUGCUGGAUGUAAUAAAUCGCAGUUGCAGCUGCCUCAGAUGGAUAAAGGUGCUGAUGUUCAUGCUGUUUGUUCAAGGUACAGCACCAACAUUCUCGCGUUAUUCCGGCGGAAAUUACUUGGAGGAGGACAAAUACUCGCCCGGUUUCCUGACGCUGGGCCAAAAGUACAGCAUAGCCCUCGGCUCCACGGUAGUGCUGCCAUGCAAAAUUAAUGAAACAGAGAGAUCCGCUCAGUAUGUGCUUGCGUGGAAACGGGGCAUCGCGAUCCUGACGGCGGGCACCCUUAAAGUCACCGUCAACCCCCGGAUACGCCUUAUGCCGAUGGUGCAAGGUCAGCCCGGGUAUAAUUUGGAAAUUAGAGACGUGCACAUCGGCGAUGCCGGAGACUACAUGUGCCAAAUCGGAACGAUGGAAGUGAAGGAGAUUGUCCACACGCUGGAGGUGCUUGUGCCGGCUAAGAUUGAUUACAUCGCUCCGGCUCAUCCGGUUGAAGUGCACAAAGGGGCAAGGGUGCGGUUGGAGUGCAAGGGAACGGGAAAUCCCACGCCGAGGAUAAUAUGGUCCAGACGGAACAAAUUGCUGCCCACUGGCGAUGCCAACUUGACGGAAUCCGUUUUCGAGAUGCUGCACGUCAACCGUCACAGCAGCGGACAUUACCUGUGCACGGCAGACAACCGAGUGGGGCAACCGGACGUCCGAGAAUUUACGGUCAAUGUGCUACAUUCACCGGAGGUUGAAGUGGAACAUCCAACAGUGCACAGUGGUGUAGGAUACGAGGCCCAAUUAACGUGCGUGGUUCAUUCAGAACCAACAGCCAAUGUGGUUUGGCUGAAGGAGGGGACCGAGUUGGAUACCAACGCAAGACAUCAUUCCCAAUCGGUCAACGGAAACAAACACAGUUUGCUCAUUCGGAAUGUGACCCGCUACGAUCUCGGAAACUACACUUGUCAAGCAUCGAACCACUUGGGGACCGAUCGUGGAACUCUGCAUCUCAGCGGACUUCCGUCAAUCUGCCAUUUUGAUUCGCCAACGGCAAGCAACGACCGGGAUCAGUACAACAUCACUUGGACAGUGGAGAGCCAUUCACCGAUCGAAGAAUACCGACUGUUUUAUCGGCUGCAUUCUCCUAGUAGACAUUCGCUGGAGAACCGUAUUUUCUCGCACUCUGACUAUGCUCUGUACAGCGCUACCGGUUAUAAUACGGGUGGAUAUUUUGGAGACGAACCGUGGGAAACUGUAUCCAUUCCGGAGCUGGUGGACAACGGUUUUGGAGCGUAUGGUAGAGGACUGUAUUACAACAAUCCGUACAGUUACCAGCCGGAAGUUGUUCAUAGGGCAAGCUUCCAACUGAAGAAACUUCGAUCGGGCAGCAGCUACGAGGCACGAGUUCAGGCUCGAAACGAGUACGGCUGGAAUCAACUGUCGAGCCUGUUUCAGUUCUCUACACGAACGGAAGAUCCAGAAGUGGAGCCAUCACCCCAACCGGCAGUAUAUGGAAUCGGCUUACUAGAAAAGAGUCGGAUGAUUUUCGGUGGUGGAGCGGCCAAGUCUAAUAUCAAUAAGCUGUCGAUUUUUUGUAUAUGCAUUCUAGGCUUCCUAGCACAAAUUAUUGCCAUGAUGACCAGUCAAUAUUUGCUUUUUUAAGCCAUGAGUUUAGGUUAGAGACCAUUAGGUUAUUGAUGACUGAAUUAAUUAAGUAGUAUUGAGUUAUAUUCAUUUGCGUGGACUGUAUUAAAUAUAAUUAAUAUGUAAAGGUAAUUGAUUCUUUAUUCUUCUAUCAUAAUGAUUCGUAAGGCUUUUAAACUUUUAACUAGUGCAAGAUUUUUUUUGAUUUUGAUUGAAUGUGUCAUUGAAUUAAGAGCUUCAUAUAAGCUUGAUAUAGUUUUUUAAAGACUCAAUAUUAAAUGAAAAACAGAACGUAUUUUUUUGCUAACGUUGUUAGCAAACCAUGUGCCCUUUAAGAAAACUCAAAUGCAUGUAGUAUCUCAAAACUAACAAUCUUUUAUAUAAAAAAAAUGUUCAAACUUGUAUUCAAGUUUCAAGCAUUCUUAUCUGGACGAAGAUCUGUAAUCGUCUAAGAAAAACAACUGUUUGUGUACUGUACAUAUCUAUUAAUGUGAAUAACUAUUCGUCAACUUUCCAUCUCGUGAUGAGAAUGAUUUUCAAAAGUGUCGUCAGCUGAUUGAACACAAAAUAAUUGUUAAACAGGUCGAAUAAUCAUUAUUUGAUCAUUGAAUUUACCAAUUUACUAAUAAAUCGAAAAGUGAGAGAUGUUUACAUCAUUUAAUUAUUAUGACCAAUUCCUAUUUUAAGAAUAGGCAAUAGGAAAUAAAACGGAUUUGAACGCUCAAGCUGUCAGUUCUUAGUUCUUACAGAUAAAAAAACAUUAAUAUUGUUACAAAGCCACUGAAAACCGGCAGCUUGAGCUUUUGAUUCUAUUUUUUUUAUUUCAAACAGUAAACUAUGAAUGCGACGAAAUACAAACUUAUUUUUGUAGUCACAAU